CGGAGCGUGGCUCCUCGAGAGGGCCGCGGGCCGGCCGCGUGCAGCGCGCGCAGCGCCCUCUCAGGAUGCCGGAGGCCAAGGAGCUAGCGGGGACGAGCAGCUCGGAGAGCGGCCCGGAGGAGGACGAGGGGAAGAAAAGAAAGAAAGAAACAUCCCCAGAGUCACAGAAAAGGCCGAAAACCCAGGCAAAACCUUCAAAGGUGACAGAAAACCCUCUGGGACGAGGCACUGAGGAGGAGGAGGGCAUGUUCCAGAUUGGGAAGAUGCGUUAUGUCACAGUGUCCUGCUUCAAGGGGAAGGCCCUCGUGGACAUCAGGGAGUUCUACGCUGACAAGGAGGGCAGCAUGAAACCGGGGAGGAAAGGGAUUGCCCUGUCUGCAGAACAGUGGAACCAGCUGAAGGAGAUCAUUCCUGAGAUCGAUGCUGCAGUCAAGAAAUUAUAAGAUGAAGAAUCUUGGAUACCUUCAAUCUGUUUCCUUUCUCUUAAGUGUGCUGGCAACUAUGAAGUCAAGGAUUCUCAUCUGGAGCCUUCCUCUCACCUUGCUGGGUGGUGGUCAUGCUGAAAAGACCAGAGACUCUUCUAUUUUCAAGAAGUAGCUUGUUAUGAGCCCCUGGAACUAGAGCCAGUGCUGUGAAGUGAGACUUCAGCACCUCUGAUCUCAAGCAGACUUGAGGUCUGUGCUGGUGAGGGACGUGACCCUAGCCUGGCUUUCCAGGGCUGGAUGGCUUCAGUCUACUUUGUGGAGUGCUUUAACUGCUCUGCAUCUGUUACUGUCUUCCACUUGGUUGACUGUUGAGUAAGAUGGUUUGUAUACCUCAUGUUGUCAUCCUCUUGGUUUCCUCCACAUGUCAUUCUGGCUAUUUCAAGUACUUUCUGUGUUGGUGAGGGUCACUUGGUGUUUGGGGUUUUGUUUGUUUGUUUGUUUUUGGGGUGGGGUGGUGUGAGUGAAGAAAGGGAUUAUUAUAAUUUAGCAACAGGUUUGUCUGUAGGGAGUGAAUAUGCACAAUAAAUGUGUUUGCAUUAUAAAAAAAAAAAAAAAGAG